UUGCUAGUAUUCAUCUCAGUGAUUUUAAUAUUUACGGCUCCCGGUGUCUGCUAUACGCGCUACAUCAACGAUAUCCAGGCAAGUGAUGAAAUAUGCCCGAGUGAUAAUUUCCUACCGAUGGGCGUCAAUCGAUGGAGUAAUGGCGUGCAUUUUCAGCACCGCGGACAAAAUGUUUGGGGUCAACUAGCAAUCGUUAUCAUAGCAAUUUUGUUCGCAUUACCUCCGCUUGGACUAAGCUGUUUUCAGAUCGCCACCGGCACUUCGCUGUUUUAUAUGCAAAUUUGCUUGGCAGCAGUUUCGAUAUUGGUAUUUCUCACACUUGGAGGUGUCGAGACAUGGUACGCAACAGGCUACAGUCAUAUGGGACCUCUGAUAAGGCAAAUUGGUGGUGGUCAGUUCAGUGGCUGCAUGGGGAUGCUCACUUGCGAUGUGCUUUUUGUGGUCAAAGGCUGGGCUGUCGCUGCGGCAUUCUUAUUCCUUUGUGCUGUUCUAUUCCUCGUGGAUGCUAUAAUGCAAUUUCUUCGAAGGGACAAGUGA